GUGACAUAACGAUUGUCAUUCACAGCCUGAAAAUAAUAAAUAGAAAGAGUAGUUAUAUACAGCAAUUCAAAAACUGGUUAACGGUUAAUUGCUUUUGUUUUUAUUCUUGAAUUUUAUUCUACACUGGUAUUUUACUUUGUGUUUAUUUCCUUUCCAGCAAGCUAGUAUAAAAAUGGAAGAGCAUGGGCCGAGAAGACCCAUUCAAAGGGAGAAACUGGAGUCCAAAGGAAAAAUAUAUCCUGCCAGCCAAGUUGAGACCUUCAGAGAUCUUCUGCCUCAGUCAGAUUUACAUCAAAUUAAGCAGGAGAAAGAGGAGGGGCAGCCGCUGCAGCACUGGGAUGCCCAGGAUUUCCUGAAGACGAUGCACCGCCCUUGUUCAAGCUGGGAAACUCCACAGGCUCCCAGUCCUCCCCGCUCCGGGGAAGGUGUCCUCCCAGCCUCCUUCAGGGGAGCUGCAGAAGUCAGUCAGUGGCCCAGCGGCAGAGCAGGGGGGACAGACCAGACCCUGCUUCAAGACACUGAGGGGCUUCUGGGAAAGGAAUCGUGGCCUGUGGAAGAUGUGGUUAUUAAGUCCCCAAAGUCUGAGGAGGAUCCCUUGGACACAGAGAACACCCAACUCUUUGCAAAGGCUGAGAGAGAGAGUGAAGAAGAUACCAGCUUUCUGGGAUUCUCUUCCUCCCAAAGAGGUCAGGAAGAUGAUGGUCAGAAUUCAAUGGAGCCAGCUGUGAAUUCAUUGGGAAGAACAAAAAAACAGUGUAAAUGCAUGGAAUGUGGGAUGUGCUUUAGUCCCAUGGGAAGACUGAGGAUACACCAACGAACUCACACGGGGGAGAAACCAUUUAAAUGUAUUGAAUGUGGAAAGAGCUUCAGUAGAAAUGGAGAUCUUCGAAUACACCAACGAACUCACACAGGGGAGAAACCAUUUAAAUGUAUUGAAUGUGGAAAGCGCUUCAGUCAAAGUGGAAGACUAAAAGUACACCAACGAAUUCACACAGGGGAGAAACCAUUUAAAUGUAUUGAAUGUGGAAAGAGCUUCAGUGAUAGUGGAAACCUUAGAACACACCAACGAACUCACACAGGGGAGAAACCAUUUAAAUGUAUUGACUGUGGAAAGAGCUUCAGUCUAAAUGUACGCCUAAGAAUACAUCAACAAACUCAUACAGGAGAGAAACCAUUUAAAUGUAUUGACUGUGGAAAGAGCUUCAGUCUAAAUGCAAACCUAAGAAUACAUCAACAAACUCAUACAGGAGAGAAACCAUUUAAAUGUAUUGACUGUGGAAAGAGCUUCAGUCUAAAUGCACACCUAAGAAGACAUCAACAAACUCAUACAGGAGAGAAACCAUUUAAAUGUAUUGAAUGUGGAAAGAGCUUCAGUGGAAGUGGACACCUUAGAACACACCAACGAACUCACACGGGGGAGAGACCAUUUAAAUGUAUUGAAUGUGGAAAGAGCUUCAUUGGAAGUGGACACCUUAGAACACACCAACGAACUCACACGGGGGAGAAACCAUUUAAUUGUAUUGAAUGUGGAAAGAGCUUCAGUGGAAGUGGAGACCUUAGAACACACCAACGAAUUCACACGGGGGAGAAACCAUAUAAAUGUAUUGAAUGUGGAAAGAGCUUCAGUGGAAGUGGAGAGCUUAGAACACACCAACGAACUCACACGGGGGAGAAACCAUUUAAAUGUAUUGAAUGUGGAAAGAGCUUCAUUGGAAGUGGACACCUUAGAACACACCAACGAACUCACACGGGGGAGAAACCAUUUAAUUGUAUUGAAUGUGGAAAGAGCUUCCGUCGAAGUGGAGACCUUAGAACACACCAACGAACUCACACGGGGGAGAAACCAUUUAAAUGUAUUGAAUGUGGAAAGAGCUUCAGUGUAAGUGGACACCUUAGAACACACCAACGAACUCACACGGGGGAGAAACCAUUUAAAUGUAUUGAAUGUGGAAAGAGCUUCAGUCAACAUGGACACCUUAGGAGACACCAGAGAAUUCACACAGGGGAGAAAGCUUUUGAAUGUAUUGAAUGUGGUAAGAGCUUUAGUCAAAGUGGAGCACUUAGAGUACACCAACGAACUCACACAGGUGAGAAACCAUUUGAAUGUAUGCAGUGUGGAAAGAGCUUCAGUAAAAGUGGAACACUUAGAAUACAUCAACGAACUCACACAGGGAAUAAACCAUUUAAAUGUAUUGAAUGUGGUAAGAGCUUCAGUGAAAGUAGAGCGCUUAGAAUACAUCAACGAAUUCACACAGGGGAGAAACCAUUUAAAUGUAUAGAAUGUGGAAAUAGCUUCAGUAGAAGUGGAGCACUUAAAACACACCAACUAACUCACACGGGAGAGAAAGCAUUUGAAUGUAUUGAAUGUGGAAAGAGCUUCAGUAGAAGUGAAUUACUUAGAACACACCAACGAACUCACACAGGGGAGAAACCAUUUAUAUGUAUUGAAUGUGGAAAGAGCUUCAGUCAAAAUGCACACCUUAGAAGACACCAACGAACUCACACAGGGGAGAAACCAUUUAAAUGUAUGGAAUGUGGAAAGAGCUUCAGUAGAAGUGGAAAACUUAAAGUACACCAACGAACUCACACAGGAGAGAAACCAUUUAAAUGUAUUGAAUGUGGAAAGAGCUUUAGUAGAAAGGAAACACUUAUAAUACAUCACCAAACUCACAUGGGGAAGAAACCAUUUAAAUGUAUGGAAUGUGGAAAGAGCUUCAGUCAAAAUGCACACCUUACAAUACAUCAACGAACUCACACAGGGGAGAAACCAUUUAAAUGUAUUGAAUGUGGAAAGAGCUUCAGUGGAAGUGAUGCACUUAGAAGACACCAACGAACUCACACGGUGGAGAAACCAUUUAAAUGUAUUAUGUGUGGAAUGAGCUUCAGUCAAAAUGGACAGCUUAGGAAACAUCUGCUAACUCACACAAGGGAGAAAUCAUUCAAAUGUAUUGAAUGUGGGAAGAGCUUCAGUGGAAGUGGAGCCCUUAGAAGACACCAACGAACUCACACAGGGGAGAAACCAUUUAAAUGUAUUGAAUGUGGAAAGAGCUUCAUUCAAAGUGACGGCCUUAGAAGACACCAACGAAUUCAUACAGGGGAGAAACCAUUUAAAUGUAUUGAAUGUGGAAAGAGCUUCAGUCAAAAUGCACACCUUACAAUACAUCAACGAACUCACACAGAGGGAUAA